AUGGCUAAGAAAGAGAAGAAUGUGGCAAGUGAGAGUGAGAGUGAGAGUGAAGAUGAAAGUGAUGAUGAUGAGAUCGAUCAACAUCUUGCACGCCUAAGCAAGAAAGACAAGAUGAUGGUGCUCAAGCUCAUAGAGAAAAUUGAAGAUCAAGAAGAAAAACUCCAUGAGCAAGAUGAGUUUGUCAUCAAAAAGAUCAAAUGCUUGGAGAAGUUGACCAAAGAGCAUGAAAAGCUUAAGUGCUCCCAUGCUAGUUUGGUCAAAAGUCAACCUUCCAUUGAGCAUGUACUUGUAGAAACUUGUGAUGACUCCAUUACAAUAGAAAAUGAAGAGCUCAAGGAAGAGGUUGAGAGGCUAAGAAGGGAUUUGAUUCAAUGGGAAGGCAAGUGCAAUGCUCAACCUUCUCAAGAUAACCAUGAAGACAUGGUGAAGAAGCUUGAGAAGGGAUCAACUAAUGCAUGCGUCAAGCUCCAUCUACAAGGCCACAAGUCAAACAAUGGCAAAGUCAAGGGACAAGCUAGAAGUGUGCAGUUUGUCCAACAUGUAGCAAUUGUGCUCAAGGCUAUGAGGGUUCAAGAAUGUGGUAGUGUUGCAUCCCAGUGCGGUGGUGUUGCACCUAGACAGAACAGGAAAGUUCCCAAGGUCAUAAAGGUGCAAUGUCAACCAAAGAAGACUAUCACUUGCUUCAAGUGCAAGAAAGAGAGUCACCAUGUCAGAGAUUGCGCUCUAAAGAAAGAAGAGAAGGGCAUGAGCAAGAUCCAAGAGAAGAACAAAAUGGCUCAUGUCAAGUGCUCCAACAUGGGACACAAUGUCUCUAUGUGUUCCAGCAAGGCUGGUGACCAAGCAACACUUCCAAACAUGAAGAUAAGAAGAAGCAAGAGGAAGUGUUAUGGAUGUAAUAAGAAGGGUCAUGAAAUUGCAUCAUGCCCCUACAUGAAGGAUGAAGGCUUGGCAUCAUCAAGUAAGAGGCUUGUCAACAAGUGUAACAACAAGAUUCAGUUGGCUCUCAAGUUGGUCAUGAAAGAUUUAUUAAAAAUGAGCAGCAUCAGUUUGGAUAAAGGAGUUUCAUUGGAAGAAGAGAACUCAUACAAGGAUCCAAACAAGUUGCAAUCAGAUUACAAGCAGUAG